AUGUGUCAAGUACUUCGAAAAUCCAGCAAUAGCUACGACAAUGAUGAACUGAGGGCAGAAGAGCCCUGUCACUGUUCCUCCUGUGCCACAACAGCACCUCCCCGUGUGGUUUCCGUGGGCGACAUUGUCACUAUUGAUCUGACCAUGACACCGGAAAACGGCCUGGUACCAGAGCCUCUCUUUGAUCGCAGUGGCAAGAUCAGUUUCAUUGUGGGAUGGGGCAAUUAUCUUCCAGCCCUUCACGAGUUGGUCCAGAACAAAGCCGUCGGCGAUCAAGUCCAACAUGUUUCCAUUGAUGCCGGUUGGGGGAAGCGAAAUGAAGAUCUCGUCAUGGAGCUACCCAAAUCCAAACUCAGGAGAUUCCUACAAAAGGAUGGAAGCCUGCCUCCAGUGGGGACUGUACUCAAGCUUCAAGGAGGAAUUCAGUUGGCAGUGCUUCAAGUCAACGAAGAACAACAGACUGUGAUUGUAGACGCCAAUCCACCUCUCGCAGGUGCCAGCUAUGACUGUUCGUUUACCGUUCUCAGCAUUGACGAUGCACUAUCCUUGGAGGAUGUGCCUGACAACAACAAUAACAAAUACCAAAUCUCCACUUGGGCAUUAGGUUGCUUCUGGGGUGGAGAACUCGCCUUUAUGAGGGUUCCUGGAGUUGUUGGAACUCGUGUGGGCUAUACUCAGGGAACUGUCAGCAAUCCCACCUACGAGGAUGUCUGCACCGGAAAGACAAGGCAUCGAGAAGCAAUCAUGGUCGUCUAUGAUUCAACAGUGGUAUCCUACAAUCAACUCAUGCGGGUAGCUCUGGAGAGACUCGCUGCUACGAAUCCCAAUCCCAGCAAGAAUAAUGGCAGCAACAUUCCAGAGGACGACGAUGAUAUGUUUGGCAACCUGUUUGCCGAGGAAGAUGAUCAACAAGAACAGGACAACAAGACCACCAAUCAACAAUAUCGUCAUGGAUUCUACUACCACUCCGAAAAGCAACGAUCGAUUGCCCAACAAGAGUUGAAUUCAGGCAACAAUAUCUACGAUAUCGAGUUGAAGCAAGCGGCGGUAUUCUACCAGGCCGAAGAGACGCAUCAGCAGUAUCUACUCAAAGGGGGGCAGAGUGCUCGAAAGGGAGCCAAGGAAACCAUUCGUUGUUUCGGUUGA